AUGGCACCGUAUACGCCGAUUGUGCCUUUCGAUGUCCUGAGUAAACGCCUUGGCAUUCCUGCGGAGGACAUCAUAAAACUUGAUGCGAACGAGAACCCUUACGGUCCCUCUCCUGCCGUCUAUCGCGCGCUUGCCAAUGAAAAGGAUUACCACAUCUAUCCAGAUCCGGACAGCACUGCGCUCCGUCAAGCACUGAGCCAGUACACAGGCAUUGAUGCAACCCACAUCAUCGCUGGGCAGGGGGCAGAUGAACUGAUUGAUCUCAUCGUUCGACUGUUCGUCAGUCCUGGAGACGCGGUCAUCAACUGUCCCCCAGCAUUUGGAAUGUACCGUUUCGACACGGAACUUAACGGUGGAAAAAUUAUUGAUGUUGAACGAAAAGCAGAUUUUACCUUAGACCCUGAAGCGAUAACUGAAAUUGCUUCCAGUGACAGAAACGCCAAAAUCCUCUUUAUUACAAGCCCAAACAACCCUGACGGCAGUCUCCUCAGUGAUGUAUGUCUUCGGGAGUUGCUUGAAUUACCACUCAUUGUUGUAUUAGAUGAAGCCUAUAUCGAAUUCGCUGGAGGCAGUCGUGCAGACUGGGUUCUACAACAUGAAAACCUGGUUGUACUUCGGACGUUCAGUAAGUGGGCAGGACUUGCGGGGUUGCGGGUAGGCUACGGUGUUUUUCCUGAAUGGAUAAUUUCGCAUUUGCUGAAGAUUAAGCAGCCAUACAACGUAAACGCCGCCGGGUCGGCCGCGGCAUUAGCUUCGCUGUCAGAUGUCCAUCACCUACAAGAGAAUGUCCGAAAAAUUGUGGCAGAGCGUGAACGACUCUAUCCAGCUUUGCGGGAAUUCGACUUCUUAGAGCCUUAUCCGAGUGAGGCGAAUUUCAUUCUGUCAAGGGUUGUUGGCAGAGACGCGGCGGGAUUGAAAGCGGCGUUAGCUGAACGAGGUAUUCUCAUCCGAUAUUUUAACACACCCCGCCUACAAGACCACGUCCGGAUUAGCGUCGGUAAACCGGCACAGACAUCUGUUCUCUUGGAUGCAUUAGAAGUUGUCGGUUCCCAGUAA